AUGAUUGGUGGUGUAUUAUUUAGUGUUUUAAUAUGUGUAUUCACGUUCUGGGUGUGGAAAGUGCAAGUAAAGAGUGGGCAUAAACUACCACCCUUAUACCCUGGCAUGUUGCCCAUCAUUGGACACUUACAUUUGUUAGUCGGCGAUGGGAUAGGUUUAUGGAGCACUGUUAAAAAUGUUUCAGCAGAAGCUACAAAAAGAGGUGGUGUCAUUUGCUUGUUCCUUGGAACUAACCUAUACUAUUUUAUCUCGGACCCAGAUGAUGCACUGACAUCAGCAAACGCAUGCCUUCAGAAACACUUUACAUACGAUUACGCAAAACCUUGGUUAGGUGACGGAUUAAUCACAGCUUCAGGUGAAACUUGGAAACGCCAUCGUAAACUACUCACUCCUGCAUUCAGUCUACCAGUGAUAUACGGAUUUUUGGACAUAUUUAAUAAGCAGUCAAGGUCAUUGGUUGAAAACCUAAAGCAAGAAGUUGGUAAACGCUUCGAUCAUACUGUCCAUUUGAGAAAUAUUGCUUUGGAGACGUUCUGCUUAACUGCGUUCGGGAUAAGUGGCUUUGAAGACAAGGAUUUUAUUAAAAAAUACAUGCACGCCACAGAAAAAAUUCUUAACAUCGUUACAUCAAGGUUUCAAAACUUUUGGCUCCAAAGCGAUUUUAUAUUCAAAAUCUGUGGACUCAAGAAAAAACAUGACAAAUACGUAAAAAUUGUCAGCGACAUGUCUGAUAAGGUAAUCCAAAAGAAAAAGGCAGCUAGAAUCAAAAGCGAUAUUGAAAAUGAAAAAAAUACAGAUAUCAGAUACAAACCCUUCUUAGAUCUUCUUCUAGAGUUCGAAGAUAAAGCUUUGACAGACAAGGAGAUAAGAGAAGAAGUUGAUACAGCAAUAGUAACCGGCUUCGAUACGACAUCAAGCUUAUUAAGUUACAUCAUGAUAUUAUUGGGAACACAUCCAAUAGUUCAAGAAAAAAUUUACAAAGAGAUAAAGGAAAUUUUUGAAAUAGACAGAGAUGUCAAAAAGGAAGACUUCAGAAAGCUUGUAUACACAGAAGCUGUUAUAAAAGAAAGUUUACGCGUCUUCACCACUGGACCAGUAACUCUAAGACAUGUGGAAAAAGAUGUAAAACUUAAAAAUUACACGAUGCGUGCAGGGAGUGAUUGCGUAAUACUUCUGUACGGUACUCACCGCGACCCUGUAUGGGGUAAAGAUGCAGACCAGUUUAGACCGGAAAGAUGGCUUAGCGAAGAUACGCCAGUCAAUCCAAAUGCGUUCGUUGGAUUCAGCUUGGGCAAACGUUCUUGUUUGGGUAAAACCUACGCCAUGAUAUCUAUGAAGACCACCCUGGUUCAUUUCUUGCGUCGUUACAAGAUCACAGCAGACGACUCCAACCUACGGCUACGGUUCGACUUUCUCCUGAAACCAGUAUCCGGACAUGAAAUAUGUAUAGAGGAAAGAGUUUAG